GUAGUGGUUCCAAAUCCCUUUUAUCGCAGUAUAAACAACUUCUUAAAGUAAAGUUCCCGAUUUUAAUUUGGGUUUUAUUCUGGGAAGUUAUAGCAGUGUAGGGUCGGCUUCCGUUUGUUCCUUUUUCUUGGUUAUAAGAAUUCCCUAGUUUCGGGUUAAGUCAGAUUGUCCUUCCGAAAUUUGUCCAGAUCGUCGGUCACGAUUAUAUACUAAACAAAAUCCCCUAGUUAUUAAUAUUAUUCAGAAAAACAGGAAGUGUAACUACUAUUAAACAUGGACAAAUUGUCUGAGUCUGAUAUGAACGAGUACCGAGAUGCGUUCACGCUGUUCGACACUAAGUUCGAGGGAGUCAUUCCGGCGAUUGAAGUGGGAAACCUAUGCAGGGCUCUGGGCAUCAACCCAAAACAGUCGGAUGUGAAGAAACUGACAGGGCUGGAUUCUGACCCGAACAAGAAGAUUAAGUUCGACGAGUUUGUUCCCAUUUUCCUCGACCUGCAGAAGAUGAAGGACGACCACAAAGUACCUGACUACGUAGAAGCUUUCAAGUCGCUGUGUGACAAUGAGAACUGCGGGAAGGCAGAUAUGGCUGUGUUCAAGAACAUGUUGGUGAAAUUGGGGGAGAAACUGGAGCCUGACUUCGUGGAAAUGGCCAUGAAGGGAUUCGAGCCGGACGAGGACGGAAAAAUCAAGUACAUCGACUUCAUCAAGAAGGUCAUGGAGGAAGCCAAGAACUAAACUGAUGAAGAGAAAAUGAACAACUUUAGAUCUUGGUGGGUCAUGUGAUCAAAUUCGAUUGCCUCAUUCUAAUUGAACUUUUAAUUCAUCUAAUUGAAUGGAAAAGUUAAUCAGAUCCGAACAAAAAGAAAGACGAGGAUGUGUCGUGUUUGAUACAUGACCCAUCAAUUUUAUCAACUGAGUCGCCGCCCUAUAUCUGCUUUUCAAUGUGUUUUAUUAUAUAUUCUAAAUUACUAACCAAAAUUCACUCUUGCCUCAGAGUAA